AUGAGUCAAAUGAUUGUUAAGGCUAAAUGUAAUGUCGCUUCUCAUUCUUCUUUAAAAUUAUCUUUCAUGGAAGGAGAUAAUAUUAAAGUAGUCGAUAGAAUGUCAAAUGGAUUAUGGAAAGGAACAUUAAACAAUCAAACAGGGUUAUUUCAUAUCUCAACUGUAAGUAUUCCAGUUAUUGAGACAGUCGUCAUGAAUUAUGACUUUUCAACAGGAGACUCUACUUGUAUGAAAACUAAAGCAGGAGAAGUUUUAAAAGUAAUAGAAAAGAAUGUACGUAUUGGAUGGUUAUAUUGUCAAAGAGGAUUUGAAACAGGAUAUAUUCCACAAAAUUUUACUUCAUUAUAUAAAGAAGAAGAUAGAGAAGCUUCUCAUACUAUUCCCGAAAAACCAAAAAUACUUCCUUGUCGUGCAACAGUAAAACAAUUAUAUCAACCACAUUCAGACAAAGAAAUUAAUUUAAUUGCUGGAGAUGAAAUUGAGGUAAUGAGUUGUGAAGGAGGAUGGUGGUAUGGUAGAAGUGGUUGUUCAAUGGGAUAUUUCCCAGGAGAAUAUGUAGAAGUGUCUGGACCAAUAAAUAAAGAAGCAAAACAAGAGGCUGUUGUGUUAUUUGACUAUGUGUCAAAAGGAGAAAGUCAAUUAUCAGCAGAAGUUGGUGAUAUUUUUUAUGUAGAAAAAAUAAUUGGAAGUUGGGCUGUAGUAGUUGUUGAUCAAGAACAAUUUAUAUUUCCAUCAAGUUUUAUUUGCUUAUUAAGUGAGUCUGAUAAAAAAAUUAAACAAGAAACUGCUAUUACAUUGGAUGAUUUUUGUGGAGGUUCUAUGGGUCUUCUUGCUGUUAGACAAAGUGAAUUAUUGAUAGUGUUAUCUAAUGAAGCCAAUGGUAUGUCUAAGUGUUUUAAAGGAGAACAAAGUGGAUUAGUUCCUACAAGUAAUUUAAUGACUAUUAAAGAUGGCCAAGAUUAUGUUAUUGUAGAGAAAACAUUCCAAGCCCGUAAUCAGAAUGAAAUGACUAUUAUUGCAAAUCAAGCUUGGAUUGUAAUGAAAAUAGUUGAUGAAAAUUGGAUAAUUGGUAAGAGAAGUGGUGUUGAAGGAUUUGUACCAAGAAGCUUUGUAAAGAUACAAAAAUUUGUGAAGCCAUAUAGAAAGGAGUAUACUGAGGGUAUUACUCAUUUCAAAAAUCAAACUGCUGCACGUAAGACUGGAGAUGCUCAAUUACCAGUUGAUCAACCUAAUUUCUUUAAAAAAGAAAAUAAAGUUAGUAGAAAAGGAUUCUUCACACAAAGAAGAAGAAAAGCAAAGCCAGAAGUUGAUAAUACUAAACAUGUUUAUGAAGAAAAGAAACAAAAUAUUAUGAGAGAGUCUAUGAAUCCAAAGAGAAGUUUCUUCAAGAAAUCAAUAAAGCCUAUGAUUGUUCAACAAGAACACACCGAAGAAAAUCCACAAACACAAGAAGAGCAUAAUGAAAAUAAAAUAGAAAGUCAAGUUAAAGAAGUCCAACCUGUUAUUGAGUCUAAUCACCAAUCAAAUGAAAUAAUUAAACAAGAAGUAGAACAAUCAAAACAAGAAGAACAACCACAACAAGAAGAAGUACAAGAAUCAAAACAAGAAGAACAACCACAACAAGAAGAACAACCACAACAAGAAGAACAACCACAACAAGAAGAACAACCACAACAAGAAGAACAACCACAACAAGAAGAACAACCACAACAAGAAGAACAACCACAACAAGAAGAACAACCACAACAAGAAGAACAACCACAACAAGAAGAACAACCACAACAAGAAGAACAACCACAACAAGAAGAACAACCACAACAAGAAGAACAACCACAACAAGAAGAACAACCACAACAAGAAGAACAACCACAACAAGAAGAACAACCACAACAAGAAGAACAACCACAACAAGAAGAACAACCAAAACAAGAAGAACAACCACAACAAGAAGAACAACCACAACAAGAAGAACAACCAAAACAAGAAGAAGAAACUCCUCUCGUUGAAGAAGUUGAUCAAGAAGAGAGUCAACAAAAUGUUAUUGAGAAUAUUCAAGAGGUUGUGCAACCAACUAUUCCUAUUACUCAAAAUCCAUCAGAAGAAAUACAAAAUGAAUAUAAACAAGAAGUACAAGCACAAGAUGACUAUAAAAAUGGAAAUACAAGCUCAGAAUUUUAUUCAACUAAACAAGAAAAUAAUAACAACACACAAACAACAAAUGAAACAUACGAAGAGGACUAUGUUGAUGAAGAAAAAGAAAAGGCGUUUGAAGAAAUAGAAGAGUUGAAAUUAGAGUUAGACAAGAUGAGAAGAGAACGUGACUUCUUACAACAAACAUUAGAUGAAGAGAAGGCUGAAGUUCAACAAAUUAGGGAACAACAUGAUAAAGACCUUGUCUUAGUAGCUUCUCUUCAACAAACUAUCCAACAACAACAAAACCAAAUUAAUGAAUUAACAAGAAAGAAAGAAGAAACUUCAAAAGAAGAUAUGGACAAAAUCCCUCCUACACUAGAAGAAGAUGAAGUUAUUACUACAUUAAAGGUUCGUGUUACUGAAUUAGAACAACAAGUUGCAGCAGAAAAAAAAGCACGUUUAGAAGGUGCUGAAGUUAUAAAGAUGAUGAAGGCAUCACAAAGUGGAGGAGUAAGUCAAGUAGAACUUGAUGAUUUCAAGUCAGAAAUAGAAGAACGGCUUAAAGGAUUACAAAGUAGAUUAAAGAUUUUGACUGCUGAAAACGAAAAAUUAAGAAAAGCAGGUGCUGGUGCACGACUAGAAAGAAUUAAAGCUGAGGCUGACGAUAAGAUGGCUAAGUAUAAAGAUGAAAUUACUAUUAUGAAAAGAAAGUUGAAUUUGCUUAUCAAAUCCAUAGAAACAAAAUGAAUGGAAUUCUAUUUUCAGUU